AUGGCCGAGACUCCAGUAUACAACGCAUCUACCCCAACGGGCGGCGAUCCGCUCAAAGUCGACGUGAACGCCCAGUAUGCCGGUGUCGAGUGGAACUAUACCUAUAUCAUCCUCUGCGCAUUCAUUGUCUGGCUCAUCAUUCCUGGGAUCGGACUUUUGUACAGUGGUCUCGCAAGAAGAAAGUCCGCGUUGGCGUUGCUCUUCCAAUCGUUUUUGGUUGUUGCGGUCAUCACAUUCCAAUGGAUGUUCUGGGGUUAUUCGCUCACUUAUGCCCGAGAUGCAAGCCCGUUCAUCGGAACGUUGAAGAACUUUGGUUUAAAAGGGGUGAUGGCGGCGCCAUCACCUGGGUCAGGGGACUUACCCGAAAUCGUAUUCUGCUUCUAUCAGCUCUUAUUCUGCGCAUGCACGGUUAUGAUCGUGGUCGGGGGAGCCUUUGAACGAGGAAACAUCGUCCCCUCAUUGAUAUUUAGUUUCUGCUGGGCGACCGUGGUAUAUUGCCCGCUGGCCUGCUGGACAUGGAACAGCAACGGGUGGCUGUAUAACCUCCCCUCGUUAGAUUUCGCCGGUGGUGGUCCCGUUCACAUUGCGUCUGGAUGGUCGGCUCUGGCUUACGCUUUCGUGCUUGGCAAGAGAAAGCACAUCGACCAGCCCUCCCACGCAAAGCCCCACAACACGACACUGGUUUUCAUCGGGACUGCGCUGAUCUGGUUUGGAUGGUUUGGAUUCAAUGGCGGUUCAACUCUAAACGCCAGCGUGCGAGCGAUGCUCGCCGCAUUCAACACCAACACCGCAGCAUGCACUGGCGUACUUGGAUGGGUGUUGGUAGACUACAUCAAACACCGCGGCAAAUUCUCGGUGGUAGGAGCUUGCGAAGGUGCAAUUGCGGGGCUUGUUGGCAUAACCCCGGCAGCGGGUUUCGUCUCCGUCUGGCUGGCCGCGGUCAUCGGGUUCAUCACCAGCGUUGUGUGCGCGCUCCUGCAAGAUAUCAACGAGUGGCUUCGCAUUGACGAGGGCAUGGAUGUUUUCAAGCUGCAUGGGAUCGGGGGCAUGGUCGGAGCCAUAUUGACGGGUAUUUUUGCCUCGCAGUCUAUCGCGGCGUUGGAUGGAGCGACCGAGGCCACGGGUGGCAUUGACGGCAACGGCAUCCAAGUGGGGAAACAAUUUGCGGAGGUUUGUGCGAUUUCGGCAUACUCGUUCACGGUGUCUUGUAUUUUGCUUUACAUUUUGAAGUUUAUUCCGGGGAUGCAGCUGCGCGUGCAUGAGGAGGCGGAAAUGGUUGGCUUAGACCGCGCGCAGUUUAUCGAUGAGCAGAUCGGGGAGCGGGCGCUGCUUGACGAUCUCUGCGGGUCGGGUGCAAGUGUUUUGGGGGAUGUGGUGGUUGGCCAGGCCAAGGCAUGA